AUGUACGUGCACAGCGUUUACACGUUCAACGGACAGCGCGAGUCCACGGAAUCCGGCGCCGGCAAGACAUCGAGCGAGAUGGUCGACAACAUUCGCAGGCGUCACGCGUCCGGGACGUUCACAAAGCUCGUGCUGCCAGCGCGUACGUGGGACGAAGUCGCUGCGACGACGUCGCUUGCGCUUGCAAAGCAUUUCGUCGGCGACCUGCGUCUGCGCAAGGUCAUGCAGACGCUGCCCAUGGGGCCGGUACGCAUCCGCCUCGCCUAACCUUGCCGUCAACGGCAACCUUUCGGGGACCUUCCUAUUUUGUGUUUCAAAUAUGUUUUAAACACGGCCCACGACCGUUGACCAGUGAGUAAUCUCGUACAUUCUAUACCACGG